CCGGGCGGGGCUGGGCGGCCGCGGGCGGGCGGAGGCGGGAGCGGGACCCCCAGGGCCGGAGCGGCCGCAGCACCCGGAGCGGGCCGGGAAAAGCCUUAGGCACUGACCUGCCUUCAGACCCUGCAACAAUGGAGGCUGGCUCUGUGGUGCGGGCAGUCUUUGAUUUCUGUCCCAGCGUCUCUGAAGAGCUGCCCCUCUUCGUGGGAGAUGUCAUCGAGGUGUUGGCUGUGGUGGACGAGUUCUGGCUCCUUGGCAAGAAGGAAGGUGUCACAGGGCAGUUUCCUAGCAGCUUUGUUGAACCUGUGGAUAUUCCCCCUUUGAAGCAGGGAGAAAAACUGCUUGUUUGUACCAAUGACUUCACAUCUCAAGAGCCAGGGAGCUUGUCAUUGCAGAGAGGAGACUUGGUGAUCCUGGGGGGGCCCCUGGCCUCCAGCUGGCUCCAGGGCCGAAGCAGCUGGGGUUCCAAGGGCUUUUUCCCCUCAUCAUGUGUGAGGGAGCUGUGCCUUUCCGUUCGGAGACGUCAGCUGUCCCAGAGCCCUCUCCUGGAGGUGCCUGCCUACUCCUUGGGCCAAGCCCAGGCCCUGAUGGACCUGUCUGCUCAGCUGGACGAGGAACUGGACUUCAGGGAAGGGGAUGUGAUCAACAUUAUUGGUGUCCCAGAGCCUGGCUGGUUUGAGGGUGAGCUCAGAGGCUGCAGGGGCAUCUUCCCAGAGGGUUUUGUGGAACUGCUUACUCCUCUGCGAGCACCAGGAACCUCAGUGGAUCCAGAACCCACAGGGACUUGUGACACCAAUGGCACAGUAGAGAUGCCCCACAAAGAUGACAAGGAGCCAGGGGGUACUUAUGGUGUUGCCCUCUAUCAGUUCCAAGCCCUGGAGUCCAAGGAACUGGAUUUUGAUGUGGGUGACAGGAUUCGGAUUGUAGGCAUUCUGGAGGAUGGCUGGCUGGAGGGGGAGCUGAGAGGAAGACGUGGCAUCUUUCCACACAGAUUUGUGAGGCUGGAAGCCUCUGAGUCUUGCUUGGAAAAGGUGAGUGGUGGGGAUCUGCAAGGUGGAGGCAGUUGUGGAUUGAACACCCAUCAAGAUCCAGAAAUCACUUGCUCUGAAACUCCUCCUUUGCCCCAGAAAGAUAGCAGGGAAAAGGAAGGUGGUUUGGCUGCAGAUCCUGAGCCUGCCACCAUUUUGUCUCACAAGGCAGAGAGGUCAGAGGAUCCUCUUGGCACUGACUUGAGACAGCACCAGGCCUUUCCCAGCACAGGACAGCAAGAGCCGCAUCCUGAAGGCACAGUGGGCUCAGUCCCCUCUAACCACACCAAGUCAGUCAAUGGCAUUCACCCCUCUGCCCAGCUGCCUCCCCCACAGGGCAACAGGCCUGGCCAAGCAGGUGAGCUGGAGCCUGGAGGGACUACUUCAGCCACCCCAGGAAACUCAGAAAGUCACUCCCUCCCUAAGCAUGAUGGAGACAGCCCCACUGUGCCCCUGCAGGCACCCCACUUCCCCCAAAAUCCUUGCAGGAGCCAAGCGAUUUCAUCCACUAAUAGCUGGGCAGCAUCUGAGCCCCAGGAGAGCCAGAGCAGGACCCAGGACCUGGACAAUUGGAUGGACAGUAAACUGGAGAAGUCCAAGCCCUGUCCCAGCUUAGGAAGUGCCCAGGUGAGCCUGGACACACGGGCUGGGAGCUGGGGGGAGUGCUGCCCUCUUGCAGUGCAGGGGGACAGCUGCACGGACCUGGACUCCAAACUGACGGAGCAGCUGGCCCAGUUUGAGAAGAGCCUGUCAGGUACUGGUGCGGAGCAGGACAAGGUGUCCCGUCACUUCUCCAUCUUGGACUACAGCUCUGAGAAGGACAUUGUCCGUGGGUCUCCUGAAUCUGUGUCCCUCUCCAGGCAGGCAGAGAGGAGAAGGGCCCUGAGGCCGCCCCCUCCUCGGCCCAGCAGCCUGGUGACAGCCGCCGUGCAGGUGCAGGGUGGGCAGGUGCCCAAAGGCAGGGCUCUGUCCUUCUCGGUCAGACCCUCCCGGCCUGCGCCCCGGCCUCCACCCAGCAACCAGCGGAAACACGUGGCCCCUGCACAGCCUCAGCCCUGCACCCCAGAGCAGCGGCUGGAGGAGGGAUGUGAGGACUUGACACAGGCAGGAUCAGCCUCCUCCAGCUCCAUCCUGCUGACUAGAAUUGGAGAGGUGGAGAGAGAUCUGGAGGCGUACAGCAAGACCCGUGCCGAGCUAAGCCUGAUGCUGGAGGAGCAGCAGGAUGAGCUGGUAAGAGCAGAGACCAUGGAGAACCUUGAUUUCUGUGACUCCAACAUUGAGAGCCUCAGCAUGGAGCUGCAGGAGUUGAGAGAGAUGACUCUCCUCUCCUCCCAGACACCGUCCCUGGAGCCAUCCUCGGCCACCACCGAGAGCGCAGAGCAAAGGAUGCUGGAGAAGAGGGCCAAGGUUAUUGAGGAACUGCUCCAGACAGAGCGGGACUAUAUCAGAGACCUGGAGAUGUGUGUGGAGAGGAUCAUGGUGCCCCUGCAGCAGGCACAGAUGCAGAACAUAGACUUUGAGGGCCUUUUUGGAAACAUCCACAUGGUAAUAAACUUCUCCAAGCAGCUGCUGUCCGCCUUGGAGGCUUCAGAUGCCAUCGGACCAGUGUUCCUGACACAUCGUGCAGAGCUGGAGAGUGUCUACAGGGUGUAUUGCCAAAACCAUGAUGAGGCCAUCGCACUGCUGGAAACCUAUGAGAAGGAUGAGAAGUUGCAGAAACUACUUUUGGAGCUGCUGGAUAGCCUCAGGAGCCUGUACAGUGAAUGGGGUUGCACAAACUACAUUAACCUGGGCUCCUUCCUCAUCAAGCCAGUGCAGAGGGUGAUGCGGUACCCACUGCUGCUGAUGGAGCUGCUCAGUGCCACCCCUGAGGCUCACCCUGAUAAGGCACCACUCACAGCUGCUGUCCUCGCAGUCAAAGAGAUCAACGUCAACAUCAACGAGUACAAGCGCCGCAAGGACCUGGUGCUAAAGUACAGAAAAGGGGAUGAGGAUAGCCUAAUGGAGAAGAUCUCCAAGCUCAACUUCCACUCUAUCAUCAAGAAAUCCAACCGUGUGAGCAGCCACCUCAAGCAUCUCACAGGCUUUGCACCCCAGCUAAAGGAUGAAGCCUUUGAAGAGACAGAGAAGAACUUCCGGAUGCAGGAGCGUCUGAUCAAGUCCUUCAUCCGGGACCUUUCCCUGUACCUGCAGCAUGUCCGGGAGUCAGCUUGUAUGAAGGCACUGGCAGCAGGGAGCAUGUGGGACCUGUGCACAGAGAAGGGAAGUGGGGACUUGGACCAGUUCCAGAAAGUGAAUCGUCUCAUCAGCGACCAGCUCUUCUCCAGCUUUAAAGAGCGGACGGAGCGGCUGGUGAGCUCGCCCCUGAGCCAGCUGCUGAGCAUGUUUGCGGGGCCCCACAAGCUGGUGCAGAAACGAUUCGACAAACUGCUCGACUUCCACAACUGCUCCGAGCGAGCGGAGAAGCUGAAGGACAAGCGGACGCUGGAGGAGCUGCAGUCAGCCCGCAACAACUACGAGGCCCUCAACGCGCAGCUGCUGGACGAGCUGCCCCAGUUCCUGCGCUUCGCCAAGGAGCUCUUUGCCAGCUGCGUGCGCGGCUACGCCGAGGCACACUGCGACUUCGUGCGCCUGGCCCUGGAGGAGCUCAGACCCCUGCUGUCGUUGCUGAAGGUGUCUGGCAGGGAAGGGAACCUCAUUGCCAUCUUCCAGGAUGAGCACAGUCGAGUCCUCCAGCAGCUCCAGGCCUUCACCUUCUUCCCAGAGUCCCAGGCAGCUCCCAAGAAGACUUUUGAAAGGAAAAGCAUGGAGCGGCAGUCUGCCCGGCGGCAGCCCCUUGGUGGCCUGCCAACCCACUUCCUGCAGUCGGAUGACAUCCGUGCUGCCCUCCUGGCCCGCUAUCCCCCGGAGAGUCUCUUCCAGGCAGAGCGCAAUUUCAAUGCUGCCCAGGACCUGGAUGUCUCCCUGUUGGAAGGAGACAUUGUGGGUGUCAUCAAGAAGAAGGACCCCAUGGGCAGCCAGAAUCGCUGGCUCAUAGACAAUGGGGUGACCAAAGGCUUUGUGUACAGCUCCUUUCUGAAGCCCUACAACCCCCGCCGCAGCCAGUCGGACGUCUCUGUGGGCAGCCACUCUUCCAACGAGUCAGAGCUCAGCAGCUCCUCUCCCCAAAGCAACGCCACCCUGACCUUCAGCCCCAGUGGGGCAGCCGUCACCUUCACUCAGAAACCCCUGCAGGACUCUGUCUCCCCAGCAGAGUCCCCACUGGAGGUGGACUCCCCCUGUGUGCCCCAGCUUGGCUCUGGUGACAGGACGGCCCCCCUGGCUGGCACUGUGACAUCGCAGCGCCGCUGCAGCCGCCCCGAGCAGGGCUGCAGCCCCAGCUCUCGCAACGGGCACCCCACCAAAGCACGUCUCAGGCCCACGCCCUCUGUGGAGGACAGAGACUCAGGGCUGGAGAACAGCGAGUCAGAGGGCAACCAGGUCUACUACGCUCUCUACACCUUCAAAGGCCGAAACACCAAUGAGCUGAGCGUGUCAGCUAACCAGAGACUCAGGAUACUGCAGUUUGAGGACAUCACAGGCAAUCAGGAGUGGUGGCUGGCUGAGGCCCACGGCAAGCAGGGCUACGUGCCCUCAAGUUACAUCCGGAAGACGGAGUACACGUGAAUCUGCAGACAGAGCCUGCACCCCGUGCCUUGUUCCUGCUGGGACUGCUAGGGUCUGGGGGAGGCUGGCCAGCCCUGCAGCCCUCACUGCUCACCCUUAAGGCUAUGCCUCUCACAGCUGUGCAGUGCUCCUGGGCCCCAAACACUGGCUGCCAUCGUCCCUUUAGGGGACAGAGAAGGGUGGACUGGCCAGGUAGGCAGGAGCAGGCAGCUUGUGUGAGGGCAGGGGUGAGUUCACCUCUUAGGUGUGUUUGAGCCUCCCGUGUCCAGCCAGGAGCAGGGGAACAAAGCUUGGGGCUGUCACUUGCCCAGAAGAGUAAGGCUUAACUCAGGAUGAGGAGCUGCUGUGGAUUUAAAUUGUGGAAGGCUAAUGCUGAGUUUCUGGAGAUUGUCUUUAGUCAAGUAGUAUUAAAAGCAACCCAGACUUUGUGAA